CGCACAACUGCCAGGGCCGUCACCGUCCCUCCUUCCCUCCUCUCCCCAAACAAGAACACCGAUUGAAUAUUUAUCCCCAGCAGAGAGUUCCAUCUCUAGUCACAGCACGAUAAUCGCCAGCAGCACUGCCGCUUUGCCUUGCCAGCCAUACGCAUUUCCGGUCCUCGUCAGUCCUCCUGAUCAGGCCCGACUCCAACACGCUCCCUGGCCCGUCUUGCUUCAGACUGUUACACGUCCUGAAGCAACCUUCUCGUCCGCAUUUCCGUGCGAACGAGAAACACCCCCGACCCAAGGAAAAUGGCAACCAUGGCAACUGCUGCUCGCGAUGUCCACGCGGCCUCCCCCCGAGACACCUUCACUGGUGUAGCGGCCCGGAGCGUCCCUGUGACUAAAUCCCUCCCUCAUACCCUCCCGACCCCUCCGAACUCCAUAUCGCCCGCCCUCCCGCCACACGGCCUGCGCGCCCAGCUGCAGCGCGCGAGGCUCGAUCCUAUCGAUUCGGACCUCGACCUGCACGACGGUGCCCACGCCGCGGGCGCCCCGCGCCCCGGCUCGCCGCCUUACGAGUCCUCGGGCGCCAUCAGCCCGUCCAUGCUGGCCAAGCACCACCUGCCCGAGAUCCUCCUGAACCACGGGCCGUUGGCCAUCCGCCAUGUCAUGGGCUACCUCACCACUUCGGUCCCAGGCUUCGCCGGCAUCCCGCCAGCCAAGGCCCGGCGCCUUGUCGUGGGGGCUCUGGAGGGGAGGAGCGGCGCCAACGGGAGCGAGGGCGGCGGCCCCAACGGCGACGUCGUCUUCGAGAAGGUCGGUUGGGGCCGCUGGGACGCGCGCCGCCGCGGCCAGCCUCCACGCGCCGCCACUUCGUCCCCGCCGCCAGAGGGCAUGGUUGGAAUCCCCAUCUCGGCCGUCCGCGGCGCCGCCGGAAGGUGGAACGGCGGCGGCACCUCGAGCGUCGGCGGCAUGUCUGGCUGCGCCUUCUCGCACGACGACGAGCACGGUAUGGAGGACCGGUACGCGAGCAUGAUGGAGAACGAGGCGGACAAGAUGUCGAUGGACGACGACGGGUCCGCCUCGGCGUCGUGCUCCGAGGCGCCCGACGACCUCGACAUGGCCAUACACAACGACGACCCCGAGGACGUGACCGACGAUGAGGACUGGGCCGCCGUCGGCGCCGCAGCCCUCCGUGCCGCCUCGUACUCCAACCAGGGCAACCUCCAGGCCGCUUCUGGAUCUGCGCCCGCCGCCUCCCGUGUAUAUAACGGCGGCGCCGGCGUGGGAGCUGGACUCCGGGCAGGCUCAUACAAUGCCGGCAUGGCCCGGGCGCCCCAGCCGCCGCACGGUUUCAACUUUGCGGCCAUGGGUGCUACGGCCUCUGCCGCACAGGAGCGUGAGGCCGUCGAGGCCUUGCUCAGUCUCGGCUCGUUGUAACGCCUUGCAGCUUCUCUGGCCCUUCGCUCUCUCUCCCUCACACACACACACACACACACAUCCAACAUACCCUAAAUCACAUUGCAUCGGCGCGGCGUUAGCUUAACACAUAGACCUUUUUUUGUCCCGGAAGCUGGCCUUUUCUCUAAUCCUCUUUAUCCUUCACGUCUUUUGCAGCCUGCUUUUUUGGCUCCUUCUUCCAUAUACGGUUGGGCAUCCUUUGGUCUUUUGAUGAGAAACAUGGCCCUGAACGAGAUUCCUCUAGGUUGGGGCGGGGCAGGGCUGGUUGGGUUGGGUUUGGUUUGGGCUGGGACCGCGUUGGUCAUAGGCGUUGUUGCAUGAUUGCAUGCAUACAUCCAUUCUUGAUCGAGGCGGCGUCCUCUUGAUGAUCACCAUGCAUCUUCCCGGAACGACACAUUGCACAUCACAUUACUUUACAACCCCUUACGAAUCCGGGAACGAGGCGUCUUUUGCUUUCUUUUACUUGGGCCGGGCGGAAUAAACUUCAACUAUUUCCACAAUUCCGCGAGGGGACGGAAACCCUGGGGGUCUUGUGGCGGCCACACGUGGGUACCCGGCGUCGGCACUCUACUACUCGGCAACUAUCUAUCAACCAUUCUCGCGAGCCUGGUACGGCACACGCGGACUGUCCUGGCCGGCUCCGCGUUGCCGCCACCACAUAGCGCAUUUCUGUCACUCACCUGAGCUUCACAUCUCCUCUCUUCGAGAGCAACAUCGAUAUACCCCACCCUCGGCGACAAGGCACGAUGCAAUCAAGACGGAUGGGAUACUCUUGCUGGGACCAUCAUGUACCCACAGGUGUUUCGCAAUGCCCUCUUGUCGCUUAUCGACUUUGUUCUCCUUGGAGGGUAUGGUCCUUCCUCACUUGGGAUUUUAUCGUCUCUAUCUUCCAACCUCUUUCUUCACAUCUAUAAUCACAACCUCCGCUCUUUCUUCAACCAUUGCCGACAACAAAUACCCAAAGUCUAUCUCUUUGCCGGCACUCUCUGGCCUCACGAAGACUUGUUGCUUAUCGUGCAAUGAGUGGGUACCACGAUAUUUGGGUGGAGUUCACGCACGCAUCGCCUAGUCUUCCAUCCACGACGUCUCUGUUUCAACACACAUGCGCCCGUGGAGGAGUUAGAGGCCUCUCUUGAGGCUAUUUCUAUAUGAGAUAUUCUCAAAGUCGUUUCGAACCCCAUCAUUUCUUAUGCGUCAAGGUCGUCACCCACGUGAACCCUAUUGGGCGUUUUUUUUGUGAUGGAUUUCUAUAUGGAUUUAUGUCCUCGCGCCCCAUGGUGCCCUGUCUUCCUACUAUGUGAAGAGAAUUACUCAUGUCUGGCGCGUGUGGGAACAUUCACAGGACGGGCGAAGGACGACUGGACAUUGAUAAGGGCGCUCAUCUACUGUGCGGCAAUCGUCGGGAAACCUGGAGUCCGGGGCUCAUCCAGACGAGAGGAGAGGAAACAGAGGACACGGCAAGUAGUAGCAAGAAACCAUGGAAAAAAUACAAACACAACGAAAGAUGAAGAACACCCA